AGCAUUAGUGCGGUUACUCGGGAUAAGACAUCCGUGCACGAUGUAGCGAUCGGUGAGUAGUAAAGUUGUUCUGCAUGUUGAUCAGUACAGUAGUGAAAAGUACAUCAAUCAACAUGCAUCCGCGAUCGUUUGGUUAUUUAACACCAAUAAUCAUUUUUCUGCAUUUAUUAAUACAUAAUUUAGCUGAGUCUCGUCAUCUCUAUCGGAUGGAAAUACCACGCAAGUGUUGUUCUCCUGACAAUUUUUUUAACGAGCAUUUAGUGUGCAUUAAUCGAACCGUUAAAUCAUCACUAUCGAGCAUUGAUAUUAAAAAGAAAUCAACAUUUUCGUCAAGCAGUGAUGGGUUAAAGUGCAUGUUCAAUGAGUCGCUAAUUUUAAACGGAACCUACAAAUUAGACAGGAGGGACUCGUAUGUAACACUCCAUGUGCCAAAUAGUUUUUGCAUCGAGGACAUCGUCAAUGGGACAACAGUGUUGGCUAGAUGUCCGUCUCCAGAGGAACGACAUCGUUCGCAGAUCCACAAUCUGGGUGCGGUUAUAUUCUGGGGAGCGCAGACCUACAUGUCUACAAACAUCGCCCACGUGGUCUUGUGUACUAUUGUUGUUAUUAUCUACCUGUCUGUACCACAGCUACAACGUGGUCUGUAUAACCGUGCCGUUGUCAGACACAAUAUAUGUCUCAUGAUGACUGGUGUCGUCUUACAAAUGCUUGGCUUCUGUGAGCUUGGAAACUGCCAAUUCAAUGACUACUUGAUGAUUUUUUCAUGGUUGAGUCUUCAGUAUUUCACCAUCGCUACCGUAUUUUGGCUAAAUGUUAUUUGCUAUGACAUGACUCUGGCAAUAACCAAGUUCCGAUGGAUAACUGGAGCCGGACAGCAUGACAAUAUUGAUGAGAAUCGUAAAAUUUUUAUUUAUGGACUGUUUGCCUGGGGAGGCUCCUUAUUGCCGGUGAUUCUUGCCGGUCUCUGUGAUUACAUUCCUUCGGUACCGAAAGACUUUAUUCUCAAACCGAACUACCUAAAGUUUCGUGACGGACCAAGUCCUAUUGUAAAUUUGUAUUUUUUUCUCGUACCCGCGUUUACUUUGCUGCUAAACAAUAUUUUGUUUAUUUACACAACAUUUAAAAUAAUUAAGAUUCAACGCAGCACCCAAAUCGCGACGUCCAAUCAGAAAAAUUUAUUGAAAAAAAAAUACUUUUUGUUUCUGAGAUUGUAUUUACUGAUGGGCGCGCCCUGGUUCUUCGGAAUGGUACUCGCGUGUUUGAAUAAACUUGUUUUACUUAAAACAUGUCGGCUAAUACAGCCUUCACUGUGGCUCCUGAUACUCGCGACCCACAAAUACGUUAUUACUAAAAUAAAAUCCUUGUCUGCUAAUUACAAGCGCAGAAAAUGUAGCGUUACAACUAUCAGCGCUUAAUUUACCAGCAAGUGAAAAUCAUAUAUAUAUUAGUGAUAAGUGACAAAGUGAAAUAAUCAUUUUUAUGAUAAAAUGUACAUUACGGGCAAGGAAUGAGAAAUACAAAGACUGAAUAUUUUAUAAUAAACGUACAUUAAUUAGCACUUUAGUAUAUUUUAUAUAUUUAUGUGCAUAAGUACUCCGGGAUAUCCAGUACUAUUUAUAAAGUCUUGUUGGCAAGUGAUACUGAAGUUGUGGUUUAAAUUUCCGUUAUGCAACUCACAUUCUGUGGAAUCCCCGCCGAGGAAACUUGUUUUGUUGUUAAAAGAAAAAUAUAUAAUUAUUAUAAAUGCAAUAUUGUACUUUUAAAAUCUACUCAUGUGUAAAAAAAAUAAUUAUUGUUUAUAUAUAUACAUAUACAUGUAUAGUCAAAUGUAUUGGUAGGAUUUAAGAUUUUUUAUAAGUGAUAAAUAAUUGUGGUCAAAUAUUAUUUUUUUUUUCUAUUCGAUAUUUACAAUUUCUAUUUACGGAGACAACGAGGGUCGAAAUGAGCCCCCAGAAAUUUGGGCCACUCAAAAUUUGUUACAAACAAUUUUAUUAAAAUUUCCAAAAUUCUUAAUUAAAAAUAAUUUCAUAUUGAUAAGAAUUUUAUAUUUCAUAGCAGUCCACUAUGCCUCAAAUUUUGAUUUUUUUUAUAGCUGGGUCAUACUGAUACCUCAUACGCAUUUGAAGACCAAAGGAAAAAUAUCACACUAUUGUUACUUUUUUUCUAAAGGACUCAUUUUAUCCCCUUUUACUUCCUUUGAAAUUAGUCUGUGAUAGUGACGUCUCAAUUGAGGAAUUGAAAAAAAAUUUUGUGACAUAUAUAAUGUAGUAGUAUAACAGUCUACAGUAAUAAUAAAAUAAUAAUUAUCAAGAAAUAAGUGAAUUUAUGGUUGAUUUGAAUUAAUCAAUGGUUGGUUAUUUAAAUUUACAGGCUUGCUUGCAAUAAUUGAUAAUUGAUAAUGUAUGUUUAUUAGUGCAUUUUGAUAAGUCAAUUGCUGAUUGAUUAUCAGCCAGUGUCAACUCGCGUUCAAUCAAUCAAUGGCUGAGCGGAUUAACGCGACUACGCGUUCCAUCGAUAACAAACUAGGAUUACAGAUUUUUAUUGUAAUUUUGUGUUUCCUAAAAUUAUCAAAAAAAUUUUUGUCGAUACAACAAUCAGUUAGAGAAUAACAAGACUGAUCGUAGGGUAGAUUUAGACUGUAAACUACCAAUCCACAAAUUUAUUAUUAAAAUUAUGACAAUGACGAAUUACUAAUGCUGGGUAUUACCGCAAAUACUAAUACUAGAUCCAAACAAUAAAACAAAUAAAGACUAUUGUCUGCUUAUAUUUAUUUAUGUGAUUACUGAUUGCGUGUAUGAUAGAUAAAUUCAGGGAUUUAUUGCUUGAAUUAGUGUCGUGUUAAUAUAAAUAAUGUAAUAUAAUGAUAUAAUAUAAAUACAGCUUGAAUGACACUCGACUUUGAGUUUUUACUGAAUUAAAUUAAUCUCGAUAGAACCCUGGGGAUAUUAUAUUAAAUGUU